GCAGCCUCCUCGAGCCUGCGAGUAUCACAAACAUGGCGGAAAGCGAACUGAACGUUGACAGCCUCAUCUCUCGAUUACUGGAAGUGCGAGGAUGUCGUCCUGGAAAGAUGGUACAGAUGACAGAGGCUGAGGUGCGAGGGCUCUGCAUCAAGUCCAGAGAGAUCUUCCUCAGUCAGCCGAUCCUCCUUGAACUGGAGGCUCCUCUCAAAAUCUGUGGCGAUAUCCACGGACAAUAUACAGACUUGCUGAGGCUAUUUGAGUAUGGGGGCUUCCCUCCGGAGGCCAACUAUCUGUUCCUGGGAGAUUACGUGGACAGAGGGAAGCAGUCGCUGGAGACCAUCUGCCUGCUGCUGGCCUACAAGAUCAAAUACCCAGAAAACUUCUUUUUGCUCAGGGGGAACCACGAGUGUGCCUCCAUCAAUCGCAUCUACGGCUUCUAUGACGAGUGCAAGCGCAGGUUCAACAUAAAGCUGUGGAAGACGUUCACAGACUGUUUUAACUGUCUGCCCAUUGCGGCAAUCAUUGACGAGAAGAUCUUUUGCUGUCAUGGAGGACUUUCACCUGACCUGCAGUCUAUGGAGCAGAUCCGGCGUAUUAUGAGACCCACUGACGUCCCAGACACAGGCCUGCUGUGUGACCUGCUGUGGUCGGACCCAGACAAAGACGUGCAGGGCUGGGGGGAGAACGAUCGGGGAGUCUCUUUCACUUUUGGGGCCGAUGUGGUCAGCAAGUUCCUCAACCGCCACGAUCUGGACCUAAUCUGUCGAGCACACCAGGUUGUUGAAGACGGCUACGAGUUCUUUGCGAAGCGGCAGCUGGUGACGCUGUUUUCUGCCCCCAACUACUGCGGGGAGUUUGACAACGCGGGAGGAAUGAUGAGCGUGGACGAGUCUCUCAUGUGCUCCUUUCAGAUCCUGAAGCCCUCGGAGAAAAAAGCCAAGUACCAGUACGGAGGGGUGAAUUCAGGGCGUCCUGUCACCCCCCCUCGUACCACUCAGGCGCCUAAGAAGAGGUGAGCGGCCGGCUCUGAGCCCCCCCCCCCCUCCCCCACCGGCUGGUCCCUGGCCCACGUCCCUGCAAGCUGCCUCAAACACUCCAGCCUUCUCUCAGUCAGCUUGUUCAUGGAUCAAUAGUUAAAAACUUCCAGAGUGUUUUUUGCUUGUUCUGUGGGUAUUUUUAUGAACAUGUGAGUGGUAUAGUUUUCUGUUUCCCCUCCCGCCCCCCUCCCCCCCCUUUUUUUUUUUUUGAUGCCAUGAUCUGUAUUUACUAAGCGCUCGCGUCUUCUGUCUCAGCCCAUUCAGGGAUGUUAACACCAACCUGUUGCGGAAUGGAGAGGAAGCUUCUUUGCCUUCAGAUUAACUAUUUCCAUUGUGGUUUUGUGAAUUCAUGCACGCUUGAAAUAUGAGAUUUCUCCAGGCCAGUAAAAAACCUGCCGAUUAUCACGACCGACAGGUCCAAGGUUUUUCCCGUCUGACUUCUACAUCAGCUCUGUUACGUUACACCUGGUCCACGUGCCGCCUGUUGAAUGAGUAACGGCUGCUUCCCAAAACGACGGGAAGCAACAGGAAAACCCGACUCUGUUCAAAUCGGUCAAACCCAGCCUCCACAUCUUAAUACAACACUUUGUUUUAGUCACACAAACCUCAGUGGGAAAGUAGAAGUGAAGCUCAGAUAUCUGGAUUCUCCCCCUGGUGGCUGUUUGAUGCAUUGGUCAUAAAUCCCUUUGUGUGAACUAAAAUAUCAAAGUGCGUCUCUUUUCCAUAAUCCACACGUGAUUUCUUUCAUUUCAUGUCACCUUCAUCAGGAUAUGGGGUUAUUUGAUCUGGUGUUUGGUAAGGUUGAAGAGCGGGUGUCGUCUGUCUUCAUGUACAGUUUAUAGUCCUAGCCAAGAACUAGUUGAGUAAAAUGGUGCAGUGUUGUAUUUCACUUUUCAGGGUUCCAAAAGUACACAUGGGUGCGUUUAUUAAUGAGCCUCAAAGCAGUGGUUGGUUGGAGUUUGUGUAAUUUGAACAGAGUCGAGCAUUUCAUUCCCUCAUUCUUCCCACCGCCCUGCGACAGGCGGCAGUGAUGUGUGUAAUCAAACAGAGCAGCGGAGUCGGCAAACUGUGGAAUAAAACGACUGAGAAGAAUUCCUACGUCACUUUAACCGGUUGAAAAUCACCCCGCGACUCCAGAAUGUUUCUCUCCACGCGGAGAUCUCGAUAAAAUCUGAAGAUUUUGACUAAGUGCAAUAAUCAUUGCUCGAAAUCUUGCUAUGCGCAAACCUAAGUAUUUUCAAAGGCUAGUUAAUAAGGACACAGUCGACCUAUGCUACGACUCCAGGAGGGCAUCAUGUACACCUGAUGCUCUUCGUUAGAUCAGUGUUUUGAGCCUUUUUCUUUUUCAUAACCAGUUGUACACAUUUUCUAUUUAUCACAUCACCGAGUGAGCAUCUGUGGUUAUUCAAGAAUUUUUAUUGAUGGAAUAAAUCAGAGUAAUCUGCAAUGCAA